GCGAAGCAGAGGGGACGGCGCAAGAGAAAAGAGGCAGAGAAGCGGGGUUCUGGGGGCGGACGGAGUGUGAGGAGGGGGGGGGGGAGUGGACGGUUGCGCCGAGGGAGAGGUGGUUGGUUUUGUUUGAUCGAUGGCUUGUGACUGCAUACUAAGGAGAGGGAGGUGGAAGAAGAGAACGGGCGGGUGGAGAACGUAACAAGGGUGUGGUAAUGGAGGCACUGGAGUCCUUGCCUUGUAUCGGACGGUUGAGUUCUUGCCACGUGGCAGAGCUGAGUCCCGCUUCCGACUCGGGGAGGGGGUGUGGGCAAACUGCGGUCGCUGGUCAUCAGCAAGAAGCGGGACUUGAUGCACGGGCGGGAGCGCCAUUAGGAGGGGAGAGAGGAGAGGGAGCAGGAGGGUUUGAGCAUCAUCAUCAGCAGCAGGAAGACGGCGGAGGGCAGGAGGAGGGUAAGAAGGGAAGACAACGAAAGCAGGGAAAGGAGGGGAAGGAGGAGAAAGGCGAACAAAAGCGGGAGGGGGAGGGGGAGGGGAAGGCGGAGGUGGUGGGUGAGCGAGUCGGGACGAACAAUGCGGGAGGCGUAGAGGCGACAGCAGCAGCAGCUCCGGCUGUCUGCUUACCAGACAAUCUUCUUGGGGAUUUGCCAUCGCGGAGUAGAGAUGAGUCUGGCGGCGAUGGGUAUGUAGGGCUGCAGAGUUCCUCCGCGCAUUUGCUGGCUUCUGCUGCUGCUGCUCUACCUGCUCCGCCUACCCUUCCUUCUUCUCCUCCCGCUUCGCGUGGCGCUCGUGCUGCUGCUGAUAGCGAAGGGCAGGGUUUGGCCGAGAGUGGACAGGAAGAGGAGCAUGGUGUGCGUGGACACGUGGCGACGAUGGACGAAGGGUUGUGGUCGAGAAUAGAGGAGGCGAAGAUGGUGGGUCGGGACCGGGAAGCUGAUGCGGACGGGGGGAGGAAGGAGAGACGGGACGCGGAAGAAUCGGGCGCGAGUACGGUCGUCGAGAGCCGCGUGUUCUCUUCUUCGGGGCAAUUAGAGAAGGGGCGGGGGAGAGGAAUGGGGGGAGGAGGAGAAGGGUUGGUGGGGAUGGAGAGUGAUGAAGCGCGGGGAUCGCCUAGGGGACAUAAUGAGGGUGAGGGUGGAAUAGAGAGGAGGGGGGGGGAAGAUAGAAGAGGCGCUGCGGAAUCAACGUCGACCUUGACGGAGGCCUAUUUGCCGGAAAGUUCGGUGAAAGUUCUGGAUCUCGCGAUGGCGUCCUUACAGCCAGAAGAGAGAAGUGUCAUCGAGAAACUACAAAUGCUAGGCUGGACAGUGGAAGCGAAACAGGUGGAGGACGCGAAUGGAGCGGUGGUGGGCACGCUAGGGGAGGGGGAGAAGAGUUUCUUGUUCUCCUACAUGAGUCCAGACACGCCAUCGAAGGUCUUUUACACGUUAGAGGAUGUGUACACGGAGGUCACAAGGAGAGCGGGUGAGGAGGACGGUACGGCAGCGAUGGCGGAUGCCGGAGAUGGAGAGGAGCAGGAAGAGGAAGAGGAGGAGGAGGAGGAAGAAGAGGAGGAAGAGCAGGAUGAAACGACGGGACAGAGAGAGGGAAAGACGCCCGGCAUGCCAAACUUCACUCAGGCUAAGGCAACAACAACAAAUGUCAAUGGAACGAUGGCAGGUCCAGCUCCUGGUGCAACAACUCCGUGGACAACUCCUGGUACAGCUGCUGGUGCCGCCCCUGCUGCUUCUCCUCAUCCCACUCCUCCUCCAACUACAGUUGCUGCGCCUCAGCGUAGAUGGGCCAAGGCCAAACCGAAGCCGCCUCAGUCGAAGAAACAAGGUUCUACCGCAGUUGUCAGUGGCCUCAAGGGUGCGGUUGUGCUUGGUUUAUCAUCCUCCUCUGGAACUGCGGCUGUACCCUUAGCUCAGACCAUGGGAGAAGACAAAGAGGCAGGGUCACGUAAGAGUGCUAGGCAUACCCGACGCAUAGCGAGGCAAGGGAAAGCCACAGGAAGCCAUUUACAAGGUCUGGAGAACGAGGGUGGGGGUGGAAAGGAGCUGGCUGCUGGUAGCCAGUCUGGAUUGUCGAUGUUGGAUGCAUCCGACAGCUGGAAGGGAGGCGUGGUAUCAGGUGUUAGGAUGCCUGGUGCUAGCGUGCAGGAGCUGAUGCAACAUUGCCCCCCAUUGGGUGAAGAGGGAAGCUCCGAGGAUAGAGUAUGCAGAGGUCUCACAGGACUAGAGCGGGGGCCUGGUCAACACCCUGCAGGCGCUCCUGGUGAGGUUUCAGAGGACGAGCAAGAUGGGGAUGAUGAGAGUGAGGAGGAGCAGGGCGAGGAGGAAGAGGCCAGUGAGGGAGAGAGAAGUGGGACAGGUGGUCCCCGAAGGAAGAAGCGAAGGAUGGCUAAGGUGACAGCUGUUGAGGAGGAGUUGGGGGGUGUUUGUACAGAUGGUGUGGCCGUGGGACUAGACUCCGGUGUUGGUGAAGUUGAGGGGCCUGAGGGGUUCCCAUCAAUAGUUAUGAAUGCUCCAGAGAACCCUUUUGCAGCGAGCGACGAGCAUCUUGAUCUGUUCAUGGCCCAGGGCCAGUCUCAUCAUCAUUUGGCCUUGGAUAUGGUGGGAAUGGAUGAGGACGAGUCAGAGGAUGAUGACGAUGAUGGUGAGGGUGACGAGGAUGAUACUCGGGACGACAUGUUGAAUCUGGUGCAACAGCUUGGGCCUCCUGCAGGAUUCAUGCAUGGCACUCAGCACAUGGUAAUGGGCCAGGUGGGGCUUCCUCAUCAUAUGGUAAUGCAGCAGUCAAUGAUGGUGAGUACGCCGAAUCUGGCAGCAGCAAUGUUGCAACCAGCAUCCAUGUUUGGGCCACCACAUAUGGUAGGAGCUCCGGGCCUUAUCGGUGCCCCGCAUGGAAUGAUUCCCACAUCGAAUAUGGUGGGACCUCAUGGGGUGAUGCACCCACACAGCCAGGGGCUGGCUGCACCUCACAUAGUGCCAACCCCUUAUGGGUACUCCUCAGGUCACUUGCUGAGUGGUGGUGGGAUGUCGCGCUUGGGCAGUGCCCGUUCAGUGCAGAAAAAGGGGGGACUGGGCACAGAUUCUGCUGCCGAGGAUGAGAGGGAGCUGGCAACGCUGAGCGAAAGUGUGGGAUUCCGACGGAAGGACGAUAUGCGGCAGCACCAUGGCUUUGACUGGUCAAAAGGAAUGGGAAUGGAUGGGUCUGACCAUCGCGGCGGUGGGAGGGAGGCUCGGAUCUAUCGCUGUAGUAAGUGCGGUGAACCGAAGAAGGGGCACAUCUGCUUGGCAAAGAUAGGUGGAGGGGGGAGGAAAAUGAGAUCUGUGGGGGCUGGUCUUCUGGACCAGCACGUACUUUCCAGACAGGUUACAACCUCGCACAAGAACAACAACAAAUCAGCGGAUGUGAAAGGAGGAGUGGGAGAAAUAGAAUUUGAAAAGGUAGUGCCGCAGUCUGAUGGGAUGGGUGAAACUGUCAAGUCAGUGACUGAAGAUUGUGCAAUAAGUGAGGACCUUGUUGCAGACAUGGAUGGCAUUGAUGGGGACGUUGCUGAUGGGGCAGCAGAAAUGGAAAUGCCGGGUCUAGAGGCAACGAAGGCCGAGGAGCUUGGCGAGGAACCUAAUGAACAUGUUCAAAAAAAUGGGGGUGAGGGUGUGGAGCCUACCGCAACUGCCUGCAACCCAGGCAAGUCUGGUCAUGAGGUCGAUUCGUCUGUUCCAAGUUCUCUUCACAAUGGGGUGGAGAACAGUGGCUGUGGAAACUUGCAGCAGUCCACUGCAACUCCAUUGGUCCCACCUCCGUUUUCACCAUCAGCUAAGGACAGCACUUUCCCGCCAGGUCCAGAGAAAAACGUAGAGGCGUCUGAUCCACCUCACGAGGCGAUGGAGGCAAGUGGUGUUGCAAGUGGUGUUGUUUCAGCAUGCCGUGAGCUGCCACUUGGGAGCAGCCCCAUGGCUGAUGCCGAUAAGCUCAGUCCUUGCAAUAAUGGCACACAAGGGAAUGUCUUGGCCGAUCCGCAGAGUGUUAGUAUCACAAAGGAUGCUGAUUCUGAGAUCGCUGCGGAUUUGCCAUUAUUGACCGCGGUACCUGCUGUCCCAUCAUCACCCCUGCGUCAACAAUCACCUAUUUGUCGAUCUCCGACUCAUUCUGGCUCACUUCCAGUCCCGCCAGUCCUACAAACCGGUUCCUCAUCACUCACUCCUGCCGCCCCUCCUGCUGCUCCUCCCGCUGCUGCUCCUGUUGCUGCUCCUGCUGCACCACCGCUUGCUGCUGCUGCUGCCGCUCCUCCACUAGUUGCUGCUGCUGCUGCUGCUGGCCCCCCACCACCUCUUCCUCCUAGCAUUCAAGCAACAGCUCAGCUGCCUCCGCGAUCUCCUUUGCAGGCACCGCCCCCACCUCAUCCUUCUGGGGCUCCUCUUCCCCCUCCUGCUCCUCGCCCAGCUGCUGCUUCGAAAUCGUCUUCGCGAUCAAGGUCGACUUCCCCUUUCAAUUGCAUGCCGCCUCAUGUUUCAGGAUCUCCCAGUAUUAUCAAUCGAACUUGUUCUUCACCAAAGCGGCAGCUGCCAGCAGAGUCCCUCGCUGCUACAUGGGAGUCGAUGUCCCCUUUGCUUCCACCGCAGCCUACCUCAAGAUCUUUUGUGACACCUGAGAGUGGGAACUCCUUAGGUUCUUAUUCCCUCGCCGCAGCACAGCAUGCAGCUGCUGGGCGGCUGAGUGCAAGGAUGUCACAGUUGGCAGAGGCUCCUACAAAUGCCAAGACCUUAUUGGGAAGCGGUGUUCUUGACGGAGAGACUGUCAAGUACAUUGAUCGGUCAGGGAAGGUACUGCUGACUGGUCUGAUCAAGAGUGGCAUGAUCAUGUGCCAUUGCAAGAAAUGCAGAGGCAUUGAGAAAGUAAAUGUGUCCAUUUUUGAGAAACAUGCCGGCAGCCCUGCUCGGCAUCCAAGUGACUACAUUUUCUUGGACAGUGGAAAAUCCCUUCGGAUGAUCAUGGAUGAGGCUAUCAUGGCGGCAAAUGCAGGUGGGGCAGGUCAUAGCGGCUUCAGGUCGCCUCAGGUGUUUGACUCACCGCACUUUGGCCGCGAGCUAAUGGAGAUGUCCAAUGCUACUUUGAGUGGGAGCGGAAACCAUGGGACAUCCAUGGCACUAGUUCCGUAUGGUGCCAGUUCUCAAAAGAAAAGAGCAGGCGUGGAGGAGGCUCUCGAUUGCUGCCUUAAGUGCGGUGAAGGGGGAACGCUCCUCUGCUGUGAUGGAGAUGAAUGUCCUAACAUGUACCAUCUAGAAUGCGUUGGACUCUUGGCUAUUCCCAAAGGUGACUGGUUUUGCCCCUCUUGCUCGAAGAACAGUUCAAUGAGAAAGAAAAUGAGGCGUGAAGAUAGCAAAUUUGAUGACAGACCGGGAGCAUCAUCUGCCGUUGUGCCGUUUGGAGUUCCACGGACACCUGCAACCGUGUCCAAGGGGAAGACAAGGGAGCCUGCUACCUUGCACAAGGCCCUGUUCCGUCCAGGAGGGCUACCGGAUGGGACGAUGCUCGGCUACUACAUCAAGGGAAAGUGCUUGUUAUCAGGAACGAAGAGUGGCACCGGGAUCCUGUGCGACUGCUGCAACAUGGUGAUUAGCUGCUCGCAGUUUGAACAGCAUGCCGGAAGAGGUUCACGCCGUAAUCCGUACACGAGCAUCUACCUACCUGAUGGUAGGUCUCUUCGAGAAGCAGCCAAGGCCAUGGAAGGAAACACAGGACUUGUGGAUAAGGAAGGCUGUGUUGGUGACGCGGCAUUGGAUGGGAGUGCAGACUGCUGCUUGGAGUGCGGAGAUGGCGGAAACCUUGUGCUAUGCGACAACUGUCCUGCUGCAUUCCAUCCAGAAUGUGUGGGGCUGGUCAACAUCCCAAGUGGAGACUGGUACUGUCCCCCUUGCCAGAGCAUCAGGUCAGGUGGACUGGACACGGCAGGGAAAGCGGGUGGGGUGCAAAAGAGAACGUCAAAGGUCGGCGGUGAAGGGUUUGCCGAGAAAGAUGGCGUGCUGGCACGAUGUCGCCGUAUUCUGAAUGAGCUUGACAAUAUCGGCGGCGGCUGUGUCCUCUGCAGGUGUUGUGAUUUCACCAAAUCUGGGUUCGGGCGACGGACGAUAAUGCUCUGUGAUCAGUGUGAAAGGGAGUUUCAUGUUGGCUGCCUCCAAGAGCAAGGGCUAGCAGAUUUAUUGGGCCUCCCAGAUGACGAUUGGUUUUGUUGUCAAGAUUGCGCACGCAUACACGAGAGCCUCAGAAGGAUGCUGGUGGCAGGACCCUUGCCUGUGCCGAAUUAUAAUCCGAAUCCAAGGCGAGAAGGGGGGGAGGAGGGAAAGCGAAAGCAUGAUGGGGAAAAGAUAGAUCCAUCGGAGCGGACCUGGCAGCUGUUCCGAGGACGCCGAGGAGAUGCGGCAAAUGGACGAACGCUGGCUUCCGUCAUCAGCAUGCUCUCGGAAUGCUUUGACCCAAUGGUCGAAGGCUCCUCAGGGCGCAACAUCAUUCCACUCAUGGUUCACAGUCGCAAUACGAGGGACAAUGAUUUCGGUGGGAUGUUCUGUGUGGUGCUCUUCCACAAGGAGAAACCGGUUUGUGCAGCGACUGUUCGAGUAUUUGGGAAACAACUCGCAGAGAUGCCACUGGUGGGAACGCGAACCAAUGCUCGACGACAGGGACACUGUCGUGCGCUUUUGUCGGCGAUUCAAUGGAUGCUUGGCAAGCUUAGAGUGGAACGACUCGUACUUCCCGCAGCGCAAGGAGCAGAGGACACAUGGCUCCAUGGCUUUGGCUUUACCAGAAUGGCGGAGGAACAGAUCCGUAAGCACCGGUCAGAGCUGCAGAUGUUCAUGUGCUCAGGUUCUUCGUUUCUUCAGAAAAUGAUUAUACCGCUGCCGGGAGAUGAACUGGUUGCGGACUUGCUGCGGAUGGCAGCAGUGCAGGCUGGUGCCAAGCCCGCUGGAGCUGAGCCGAAAAGCGGGCAUGUUAUUCUUCCGAACGCGAAGUCGAAGCAUGAAGCAAAGCCUGGGGCAGAGGAGCAACAAGGGGAGGCAGCCUCUCCCGAUCUCGCUGCACCGCGGCAGACUCUGUCACCGAAGUCGCAGCUUUCCAAUGACGACAACCGGCACACGCAAACAGAAGUCAGGUCCACUCCCAUUGAGAAGGAGAAGGAGAAGGAGAAGGAGAAGCCCAAGGAGAAGCGCAAGGAGACGUGGUCCCAUGCUUUGGAGGCUCUAAGGCAGUCGAGAGCUCCAGCGACAACAGGGGGUAAGUGUACGAGCAAGGGUGAGGCCACAGCCUCACCCCUGGAUAUGCCAAGUCCGACCACAACGGGUGGAGAGUUGUUGACAAGACCGAAAAAGAGAGUGAAGCUCCUUGUGGAAUCCAAUGGCGGUGAUAAGUGGAGGGGGGGGGGCGCAGGGGUGCCAGAAUGGUGGAGGGAUCCUUCGGGUGCCGCCCCUUCCACCACCGCAGAUAGGGCGAGGGUGGAUAAGAGUGCUGUUUGCGAAUUGAGGAGUGAUCGUCCAUCUGCAAACGCGGUACAAACAUCGAGGGGCUGGAGUGCACAAGAGGACCGCGGCCAGGAGAUGCUAAGGGAAGGAGGAGGAGGAGGAGGAGGAGAGGCGAUUAUGAAAUCGCCACGGCCACCGGCCAUCAAGCUCAGUGUCAGAGCCACGGGCUCGAAGGACGGGGAGGACGGGCAACGGGUGGUGUCGCCCACCCCCUCAGGAGGGUCGCAAUCGAAGAAACUACCUUUCCGAGUCGUUAUCCGAUCGCCACGGGCGUCGGAGAGGGACCCAGAGUCGGGAUUGCGAUCGCCACCGUCCAAGGACGGUGGCAAUUCAAGUGAGGCAGACGGAAGUGGAAGAGGAGGGCUGAAGUUUGUGAUUAAGCGGUCGGAUUCUGAGAGGUGUUCUCCGUUAGACGAGGGGUGGAAUGACACGAGGAAGAGAGGAGGUCAAAACAAGGAGGGCACUUUUUCGCUGGACGACAGGUAUUCAAAGUCCUCGUGGGGCCUCUCGACCAAAGAGGAGCGGGUUGUUGUCGGUGAGAGGAGGAGCGGCAUCCACAGUGGCUGUGAGAGCAGCGACUCUGGGGCCUCACGUGGAACGCUCGGCGGAGUAGGGAAGGGCAAGCGAGGCGGUAGAAUUCCAAGGGGCUUGAGGACUGGUUCGAUUGUUUGGAGGGGGCCCAUCUCUCCUCCUCCUCCUCCUCCUAAGGAUGUGAUCAAUGGCGGCUGCGAGAAGAAUGGCACGGAGCUUGUUGCUCCGAAAACGGAUGCUGCGCCCAAUCAUCUUCCUGUCGACACCCCGCCAUCCUUGCAUUCGCUGGACAUUCCGACCCAUAAGAAGAAGAGGAGUGCACUGAGGCGUCCAGGCGGAGAAGUCAAAGUCAACGCCAGUCUCCCGGCUGGACUGGAUUCAGCAAGAGAAGGAAAUGCCGAUCCAGGUUGUGCAUCAGCACCACUCCCUCUCAGCAUGAACAGCAAUAGGAGAGCCAGCUUUAUGCCGGCUCCCAGCCGCUGUGGGGGGCCCCAUGAGCUGCUGCCUGUAGUCAAUGACAGUUUGCGAGGGUGUUCUCAGCACGGCGCAGCAGUCGGCGAAAAGGGCUCAGCCGGUCAGAGUGUAAGGAGGAAAGUAGUAGCAGUGCCUAGUUCCGAAAGGAAAAGAGAUCCGCAUUUGUCGGAGGAAUUGCAGGAGGCGAGGGGAAACGGGAGGCCAGGGAGCCAUGGGUGGAGAAGAUGGGAGGAUAUGGAUGUGGAGGACGGGCGCGGAAGAAAGCAGCGGUGGAACCGGCCGGAGACGGGAGGGGGCAUAAUUGAUUUUCACCCAUCUUCAGCUCCAGUUACAGGAGGGUUGGCGAAGACCAGACGGCCUGCGGGUACCGUGGAGCUGACGCCGGAACGAAGGCGUGUUGCUUCCACCGCCCACAGCGACGUUGCAUCGCAAAGGAAGUCGGCAUUUAGGCAUCCACAGGCACCCUCAGCAGUGACGGCGAGUAGUCGAAGGGUGUAGUAGAACCUUGCUCCAUCCCCUGUUUCACUCACUUGGCAGGAGUCCUUCUUAUUGGUAGUGGUCUCGCAGCAGCUUUAAGCUGGUUUGUACAUAUUAUUUUUCUUUGGUGAGUGUACCUUGUACCCCUCACUUUGUUCUUUGUUCCCUCCUCCUGUCCCAUUCUCCACCCCUUCCCCACAACAGCAACCUACCUCUUGUCUUCAUGUGUAUCUCCCCCCCCCCCCCUGAUCAUCAACAAAAUUUGUAUUUGCUC